AUGAGCGGAUUACUUGGUUGUGGCAAAGUCUUUCUCAAUAAAGUUUCAAAUAUUAUACCGAAUAUUCCAGAAAAUGCUACAUGGAAAUUUAAGGCUAAGACUGUCGCUGGUGGUGAUCGUCGUGGUGCUACACUCGAAAGACUUCAUUGUCCAAGAGGCCUUUUUGUAGAUAAAAAUCAGAAUGUUUUCGUUGCUGAUAGUUUGAAUAAUCGUAUUAUGAAAUUUAUUCGAAGUACAACUGUUGCGCGAACGAUAGCCGGUAAGAAUAUAUCUAAAUAUGGUUCUGAUUUUUUGUGUAAACCUUCAAAUGUGAUUUACGACUAUAAAUCAAAGAGUUUUAUUAUUUCUGACUAUUAUAAUCGACGAGUAUUGCGAUGGUUUCCAAAACGUGGCACAUGUCCAGAGACAAUCAUUAGAGGCAGCGAAUAUUAUGGAUUAGCUAUGGAUGAUGAAGGUUUUCUCUACGUUUCUGAUCCCGAACGGCAUGAGGUUAGACGAUAUCGAUCAGAUGGCCGCCGUGGAAAAGUCGUAGCAGGUGGCAAUGGACAGGGUAGUCAUCACAAUCAACUCAACCAUCCGACGUACAUUUUUGUUGGACCAGAUGGAGCUGUAUAUGUGUCGGAUACUUGGAAUGAUCGCGUGGUGAAAUGGGAUAAGAAUGCGACAAGUGGUAUUGUCGUGGCUGGUGGUCACGGCAAAGGAAAAGAUCGAACACAAUUGCAUUAUCCUACAGGAUUGGUCGUCGAUCAGUUAGGUACAGUCUAUGUAGCUGAUUAUUGGAAUCAUCGAGUGAUGCAAUGGUGCAAAGGAGCCUCUCAUGGAAAAAUGAUUGCAGGCAGUAGAUUCCUUGCAGGAAACAAAGCUAAUCAAUUGAAUGGUCCUGAAGGUUUGGCAUUCGAUCGAUCUGGUAACCUUUAUGUAGUUGAUUCAAACAAUCAUCGAAUCCAACGAUUUCUUAUUCAAACUGUUUGA